AUGAAGGCGUUGCGUGGAGCUUUGCUCGCGCUUGCGCUAUUUAUAUCGAGUGUCCUUUCCAGUGAGGUUGAGAUUACACAAAAAGAGCAAAAAAGGCAGCAAUGCAAUGGAAUGUACAGCAAGAGCGCAUGGGGCGGCAGUGUGGACCCGUUCAUACUCACCAAGUUCAUCCAGGCUACACCAGAAGGUGAUGAAGACCCGAUAGUUAGCCUUGUCAUAUUUGAGUGGAAGGACGAGGAUUUAGUGGGCGUGUGGCCUUCAGAGGAUGCUCCAAAGAAAGCAUUCAUCUGUGACGAUGCAAGUGUGGAGUCCUCUUUCUGCGAGGCUUCACAGAUUGGGGAAUUCAUAUUAAGUUCCAACGCGUCGGAAGCAUCGAAAAACCCGGUCAUUACCCAGUCGGUCCACUUGAAGGAUCCCCAGCCAGUGAAUUACCCAGUCAAGAGGACAGGGUACUAUUGUGUUGGAACCUACGGAUUCUCUGCGGAAGAUUACAAAGCGGUUGUCGAGUUCAGGAAUGCAUACGGAGAGUUGCAAGCUGCCCAGAUUGCGAAGCUACCUUUCUACGGGGGUCUCACAAUUGUCUAUGCCGUUAUGUCGAUAUUUUGGGGCUUCCUCUAUGUUCAGAACCGUCACGAUAUAUUACCCGUCCAGAACUAUAUCACGGCAAUCAUCGUAUUCCUUAUAGUCGAGCAACUGAUGACAUGGGGUUUCUAUGACUACUCCAAUAACCAUGGGAAUAACGCGCUGGCGAAAUGUCUGAUGAUAAUCGUCGCCAUACUCAAUGCUGGCAGGAAUUCUUUCUCCUUCUUCCUGCUUCUCAUAGUCUGCAUGGGUUACGGUGUUGUUAAACCUAGUCUCGGCAGGACGAUGUGGUAUGUCCGCGUUCUGGCUCUGACACACUUCGUCUUUGGAGUCAUCUACGCCGUUGCGAGCUUGACGAUUACGCCAGAUAACGCGGGGCCUCUUGUCCUUCUGGUCAUCUUACCUUUGGCAGCGACUCUAACGGCCUUCUACGUUUGGACGCUAAACUCUUUGAACCUGACGAUGAAGGAUCUGCUCGAGAGGAAACAGAGUGUCAAGGCAAUGAUGUACAAGAAGCUCUGGUGGUGCAUAUUGGGUAGUAUCGUGGUCAUUUUCGCCUUCUUUUUCCUCAACUCAUUCACCUUCGCUGGAAGAAGCGAUCCAAAUUUCGUGCCGGACCACUGGAAGACAAGGUGGUUCAUCCUCGAUGGAUGGCUGAAUCUGGUGUACUUGGUGGAUAUAGCCUAUGUCGCGUACCUGUGGAGGCCGACGGCGAACAACCGAAGAUUUGCUAUGAGCGACGAGCUUGCCCAAGAUGAUGAGGGCUUCGAAAUUGCUUCCUUUGGUGGCUCAUUAGACGAGGAAGACGCUCGAUCGCCAGAUGCAAUGGAGAAUGGUGAUGGAGCACUAUCACCCAUGCCUCCUAAACCAAUGAAUGGCAGCCAUCACCAACGGCAGUCAUUAGAUGGCGAGACCAUAUUCGCAGUGGGAGAGGACGGGGAUAAGUGGUCCGACGACGAUGAAUCCCCACGAAACUCGGCGGAACACAAGAGGUUGACGGGAAAGAAUGACUAA